GCCUGCCCACCUGCUGGGGGCGGAGGGCGAGGGUCCGCGGCCGCGGGGGUGACUCAGCGCUCGCCUGCCUGCGACAGCGGCUGCAAUUAGAUUUAAUGGGACAGAGCCCUGUCUCCGCUCGCUCGCUCGCGCCCACCACCCCCCACUCCCUCAGGCGGCCAGGAGAGGUGGGGGCCGGGCUCUGACGUCAGCGCAGCCUAUAAGAGGCGCUGGCGGAGGGCCGGAGCCCAGUGCGACCUGCCGCCAUGCCCACCCCCAGCGCAGCCUCAGCCUCGCCGCAGGCCAAGGGCUUCCGCCGGGCCGUCUCCGAGCUGGACGCCAAGCAGGCCGAGGCCAUCAUGUCGCCGCGCUUCACCGGGCGCAGGCAGAGCCUCAUCCAGGACACUGGGGGUGCCCCCUGGUGGGAAGGGGGUAGGAAGUGGCCAGGUGUCUGGGUCAGGCGUGGCUCAGGACACGCAGUGAGCCCCCCACAGCUGGAUCAAGGGAGAGCCCCACUAUCCCGGCGAACCCCACUGCCACAAGCUGCCCCAGGGGGUCCGGCAGGGGGGCCCAGGGGUCUCCCUCACCUCCAUCCCCCUCCACCCCCUUUCCCUCCCUUCCACCGCUGGCCCCCCUUCCCUCUGGCCCCCGCUGUCGGUUCCCCUUUCCUGCUUUUGCUCCCUAAGGCUGUUGAAGCCCAAAUCCACCACCUGGAGACCCGACCUGCCCAGAGGCCCCGGCCGGGGGACCCCCACCUGGAGUACUUUGUCCGGUGCGAGGUGCCCAGCGGGGACCUGCCCGCCCUGCUCAGCUCCGUGCGCCGGGUGGCGGAGGACGUGCGCGGCGCGGGGGAGCGCAAGGUCCUCUGGUUCCCGAGGAAAGUCUCCGAGCUGGACAAGUGCCAACACCUGGUCACCAAGUUUGACCCUGACCUGGACCUGGACCACCCGGGCUUCUCUGACCAGGCCUACCGCCAGCGCCGGCGGCUGAUCGCCGAGAUCGCCUUCCAGUACAAGCAUGGUGACCCCAUUCCCCGCGUGGAGUACACGGCCGAGGAGAUCGCCACCUGGGGCCGGACUGGGCGCUCACACCCGCCCCAGCACUCGCUGUCCUCCGAGCCCGAGGUGCGCGCCUUCGACCCCGAGGCCGCCGCCGUGCAGCCCUACCAGGACCAGACCUACCAGUCGGUGUACUUCGUGUCCGAGAGCUUCGGCGACGCCAAGGACAAGCUCAGGAGCUACGCCGCCCGCAUCCAGCGCCCCUUCGCCGUCAAGUUUGACCCGUACACGCGGGCCAUCGACGUGCUGGACACUCCGCGAGCCAUCCAGCGCUCCCUGGAGGGCGUGCAGGACGAGCUGCAUGCCCUGGCCCACGCGCUGAGCGCCAUCAGCUAGCCCCACCCCGCCGCCGCCCGCGGGGCCUGCGGACACCCCGCCCGGCUGCUAAGCCCGCCCGCGGAGCCCACGCUGCGUGUGCUGCCCCGUCCACCCCCCCCCCGUCCAGCCACUGCACGCUGCCCGCUGCCCGCUGGCCACCUCAAUAAAAGCGAGUGCCCAGCACCA